AUGGCAAGAACUUCAGAAAAAGAGUGGAAAAAAGCCCUGACCUCCAUCUUGGAGAAGCUGGAUCAUAAACAGUACAUCAAGAUGUUGGAGUUUUUGGAGAAAGUACCUGAAGAGAAGCGUGAGAGUGUGAGAGAAAAAAUGCCUCGCAUAAUCAUUGAACACUACGGAGUGGAAGGGUCCAUUUCUGAAAUGGAUUGUAUAUUAGAAGAGAUACCAAGACGGGACCAAGCAGUCCAGGACCUUCUGCGCCCUUUUGUGAUGGAGAAGCAAGAAAAAGAAAACAUGGGUGAGUCCAUUUGAAAGCUUUAAGAGCUCUACAGACUGUUUAGGAGUUGGUAGAGUUGGCUCUAGCUCUCUUGAAGAGCCUUAUUUCCCAUCAUUAGGAGCAUUUGCACAGAGGUAGUUCACCGGAAAAAGAGGAAGGAUUCAAACCCUGUUCAGACAUGGUGAGAUGGAUCACAGAGAACAUGAGAAAAGUCAUACUGCCUUUGUAGAUCUAAAAGGGAGGUGGAUUGUUUGACUUGCAGGUUCUAGUGUCAACUCAAACCUUUAUUGAUUUGUUUUCCUUAAAACUCAUAUUGCUUGUGAAAUUUUAAAAUACUGACUUGAAUGCCAGUUUCUCCAACAUGGAAAACAGAACCAUGUUCUAAACAAGAUUUUAAAGGAAGGGGAGAGUGGGGUAAGUUGAGCCAUAGGGUAAGUUGAGCCACCCCCUGUUGCUUGGAAAUGGUCAAAGAAAUUGAUCAUGUGACCAAAUAUUAAGGAGAUGGGCAUCAAUUCAUGGAGUCUGUGAAGGUUAGAAGCACAUGGGUGAAGGGGUCAGAGAUUUAUUUCCAAAAAAAGAAAAAACAUUUUUAACUCUUGAAAGGGAAUUUAGUCUGUUAUAAGUUUUAUCAGAAUUGUGUUCAGACCAAAAAAGAUCAUUUUAAAUUUGUUUUAUACAUCAAUUGUGCUAUCUACGAGCUACAACAUGAGGUCAAAAACCUACAUAAAAGUCCACCAUUUUUGCUUAGAGGACUAAGAAAGUCAUCAUAGUAGUUCUGUGGUAAUUGAGAAAGUAAAGGAGUCUGAUGAGAGGAUCAGAGUUUCAGUUCAGAUUGUUGAAAUGCUGUGAAUGUUCUGAAUCACUUAAAGACUUUCUCGUGUUAAAAUGUUUUUUUUUUUAACAAAACAGAUUUUUAGCAGUUAUAUACAAUAAUAAUAACAAUUUAUUUACCAGUUGAAUAGCAUAAAAUACAUAUGAAUGUGAAGAAGUGACUGUUAUUUAGGGAGAGAGAAGGUGAGGUAGGGCUGGGUGGAGAGUGGGGGCGGUAGUAGGGAUACAGCUCAACUUACCCCGCUCCUGUGGUCAGCUUACCCCAUACACGGGGUAAGUUGACCAUAGGAGACUACUUUUUUUGGCAUGCUAUAUUAUCAAGACAGUUAUGUUUACACUCAUUCUGUUGGUUUGCGGGGAUGAACAACAUCUUGAAAUAUAUGCAGAUACACUAGUUAGAGACAAAACUAUGAUUGACUUGAUGUAAUGAUCUGAAAUAUGAAAAAUGGCUCAUCUUACCCCACUCUCCCCUACCUGUAAGACCAUGCAAAAACCCCAAGGGGUGUCCUUGCACAGACCCCAAGCUGUUGGCUGACUCCGACGUAAGCUGCUGCCCUUUGAGCUGGAGGGGACAGCAGCAUCAUCAUGAAACCUUACAUAUGUUUCUUCAUUUCACAAGGCGCAAAUUUACAUUUUGCCUCAUCAAAAUUAGCUGCUCUUUCUUUUUCAUUUGGUGGAAUACUGAAAUGUUCCUAAAAGAGCAAGUUUACACCAGGUUUAGGGACCAGUGAAGGGGUGAGGAGAUGUACCCUCCUCCAUGGUGGGCUUGUUAAUGCUAGAGUAUUUUAUUUUUGUGGUUACCGUGACAGCCCUGCUACCAGAUUCCUUACAGUGGUGCUGGAUGCCAGGCUGAUGCCAUUUAAAGCUGUUAUAUCAUUUGAAAAUUCUCCCUGAGGUGUUUGUGUCCAAGAAUGAUAACUUUAAUCCACCUGGUCAUCUUAGGUCCUUUUGUUUCCUCGAUAUCACCUAGACGAGGCAAAUAUUUGGUAAACAGAGCAGGUUUGAGCACUCAACCUUGGGGAACUCCAUGACUAACCUUAAGUGUGCACAGAAGACUUUAAAUGAACAUGAAAAAGCUGAUAUCAACCUGAUAAACAUGAUUUGAUCCAACUUUACAUGGUUUUCUCUAACAUUUCAAACAUUUUUUUCAGGAAAACGGAGACACGAUCAAGUAGCAGAGGAAAAAGAAGAACAAGAGGAAGGAGAGCCAGGCAUUAAGAGGCAACUGCUGCCUACCAAAGAAGACUUGAACAAAGGUAGAGUAUAAAUGGUUACAAUCAGUUACAUUCUCUUAAGACCACCUUUAAAUAUACCUGUACCUCAGGAAUAUAAGUAACUGCAUAUGUAUUAAUUGUGUUCAAAUUAGUAUCUUGGAUCUUUGAGCACAGUGGCGUCACUGAAAUGAUGUCCAGCAGGUAAAGAACCAUAAGGAGGUGUAUGAAACAAAUCAACAUUGAGUUCAGAUUAUCUUUUAUAUUCUUGGUGAAAAUAUUUUCAGCCUCAAGACUGAAAGUCUGUUUAUAAAUGAUGGUGCAUAUCAACACUGAUCCGUGUGUGUCUUUUAUUUAGAGGGUCCACAGACAAGCUGUCAAACUAACAAGGUAAAGAGUUUUUGGACUCCUUUACAUUCAACACUGAGUCUCCUACAUUGUAUGAGAACAUAUUGUCAUAUGUGAUGAUUGUAAUAAAAUGUUUAAUAAUGCUUCAUUUUUAUUUUAUUUUUACCAGGAGAAAGGCAAUCCUUCAUGGGUGAGUUCUUAAUCUUUACCAUUCUGUAACAGUUCACAACAUACCAUGGUCAUUUUUGUACGCAAGUGACUGAUGGAGAUUUUUCUGUUUAGAGGAUAUCCAUCGCUGACCUGAAAACCAAGGACCUACUUCUUGAGACAGAUGCCUUUUUUGGGAAAGUUGUUCAGAAAUCAGGGCUCCAGAGAUAUCAGACCAAAGACCAAAGGAAAGAUGUCUUUUUUUACAUGGCUGUUGCUGAUGAGGAAACCUGCGUCAAGUCGAUGGUUUAUGGUAAAAAGCACUAUCGAAAUACCAAGGAAGGUGGUUCCUACUCUUUCAGAAAUCUGAUAAAAGACCAGCAACUGGUCAAAGUUAGAAAAUGCAGCACAGUGGCUUCCGUCAAAGCCAUCCAAGUCCCAGAGGAGUUGGAGAUAGAAGCCCAGAAGCUUAUUUAUCCUGAGAGUCCAUUCUACUCCAUUGCUGACACCAAACAACUUCCUGACAAGACAGAUGUGAGUGUGCGAGGAACUGUUGAAGAGGUGAGUUUGAACUGGGGCAAGCAGGGAGGUGGAGAAAGGAGAGCAGGGAGAGGAACAGGAAGGAGAAGAGAGGGAAAAGGGAGAGGAGCAGGUAGAGAGCACCAAAGUUAAGGCAGAACUCUUUAAGUGAAGAAUUGAUGCAUGAUCAUCUGGUAAAACAGACACACUGAGCAUUAUACCACUUAUGUUUUUCAAGGAGAUUUUGAGAAGCUUAAGUGUGUGGUGCAAAUGUCAAAUGAUGGGUAAACAGUUUUAAUAACUCUAUCAGCAUCAAUUUAAAAAAUCACAAUUUUUACCACUAUGGAGCAGCACUAGUAGUCAAUGCAUGCUUCCUCAUAUAAUCUGUGCAAAGCCCACAGAAACAACACUGCUAUCCAAAUGAGUGAGGGCUUUUAAACGGGUUGUUGCGAACCCACCUUUCACCCAGUAACGGUGCAAGAGUCUUCAUGCCAAACCCAACUAGCAGAAGUUAAGGAGUCUUUUUAAUCCAACAAGAGCUCCACAAGGUUCAUUUACCAAACAGUGUCUCACAGUUUUCUUCAAGCAGGAUUGUAUAUAACCUAAUGAAGGAGGGAAGUAACAAGUAUGGCUCAAAUAAAAACUUAUUAUGUCGAUGGCACCAGCCACUACAGCGGACUCAAAAACUAGGUUUUGAAUCAUAAAUGAACUGUUUUAGGUGUCUCGCUACCUUUUGAUGUUUUAUGUAUCCGUUUUGAUAGCUCCUGUUUAUCAUUUUUAGAUUGGUACUCUGGAAAAAAUCCAGGUGCGACCCUCACAGCAGGUGAGAAACAGACAGCGCCUAAAACUCAAAGACGAGACUGAUUCCAUCUGGAUCUACAUGUGGGCUGGAGAAACUAAGCACUGCGGAAAAUCAUCACUGGGAGAUGUUGUUGAGCUGAUCAACGUGAGGACCAACACAUUUUUGAAAAACACAACGCUGAACUCAACCAAAUUCACCAAAGUUCACAAGGUGGUUACAUUGAUUGGUUACAUGAUUUUAGUUGACACUUUUGGAGGUAGACCUAAGCAUGUCCACAACUCUGACUGUUAUCGUCUCUCUUUGUGUAGGUCAAAACUUUGGGCAUCCAGAGAGUCAAACUUAAGAUUUGUGGCAUUGUGAACGCAAACAAGAGGACGACUCACCUGGAGGCAGAAUACGAGGAACGCCUGCACACCUUUGAUGUGGCGACUCAGCUUCUGGUGAAGGAACUUGCCAUCAAACCGAAUCAAGAUUUGACAGAAAGUCUGCUUGAAAAGCUGCCUUUUGUGGUAGGUGCAGAACUCAAAGGAAAUAGAAUACAGACAAUCAACGUGGAUUCAGACACCUAAUAAUAAUUCGUCUGAGUGUUUGAGUGUUGUAGACUAAUUUUCAUCCCAAAAGUUGUACUUCAGUCUUAAAGUAGACAGGUGUGCAUGCAUUCAGUAUGUUUUAGUUAAGGUUUGUGAGUUUUUGGUGUUGUUUUUGUUUGUAAUGACGUCACCUGAACAGGGUGGCAAACUGUUUUGUUGUCUUUUGUGGUGUGAGCUGAGCUGUUAUUACGAUGUUUUUUUAUGUCAAUAAAAAGUUAAAAAACUAUUUUCAGAUUCUGUGAUUUAUUUUUAUUUUUUACAUAUGAUUGAUUUGACAGGGACAGUUCACACUACAUAGUAAAACUUAUAUCUGUUUUAAACGAGCUGUAAAAACUGAUGUUCUAAACUCAGAAGUCAGAACCAUUUGCUAGUUUCCAGCUCAGGCCUUCAGUUAGGCUUUUGAAUGAGUAAAAGAAAAAGGAAAGAAAGAGAAGACCAAAGGAUACAGAAGAAAAACAAAUAGAGAAAAUAUUAGAGGAGUUAGAAAUGCUAUCUCUGAAUUUGCUUUACACUGAAGGAAACAUUUUUUAGAUUUUCUUAAUUUUUAUUUCCACUGACAGUGUGUUCCACAUUUGGGAGCCUUUUAAAGAAAAAGAUGUUCUUGUUUUAUCCUGAGGGUUAGGUUUUAAGUAUUAUUACCUCAGGAACAAACAAAGUAACCCAACUAACUCAACCGUGCAGAUGAUAAUUAUUAUUUUUUUAAUCCUCAAUCUGGCCUGCAGAGGAGGCACUAAGCUUUGAUAACCCUGUCACAGCUGGUUACAAGUUUUCUGUUUAUUGAAACCGAAAGUUGUCUCUCAUCAGUUGGCGGGAAACAGUGGGUUAAACCACUUUUUGUCCUUGGAGGGGGAAAUGAUUUUAUAACUUGGUGUAAAUAAGAAUUAAGAGUCAAAAUAACAGGGAAAUUAAUUGUGUUAUCUUAAAAUAAAUAUAUUUAUGCUCUUAAAUGUAAAGGGUGAGCGUGGGAUACCUGCAGGCUGUGGAAUAUUUCCUGCAUUAUCUGCCACUCAUUCACUUUUUUUAUUUUGCUUGGAGCAGCUAAAACGGUUGACUGUUUGAAUAACCUGAAGACAGACAAAACUGCAGGGUGAGUACUUAUUGUUACAAAUAUAUUUUAAAGUCAAGUUGACAGAAAAAAAAGAUCCCUAAAAGCAUAACUUGUCAUGAGAAAAGAUCGUGGGCUCGCUUAAUUUGUAUGAUGUGGACUUUGGCCAUGUGCUGUCAGUAAAAACAAAUAGAAGGUGAUAAAUGUGAGGAAGUUUCCGGGUUUCAUCUGUAGACCACAAAAAAAGCUCUUUUUUUUUUUUUGUGACUCAGAAUUUUGACUUACUCUGAGUUUGAAGUCAGAAUUUUCAGUUAAAGAUAAAACUCUGCCCUUCCCAUAUUCUGGUUCUCUUCCGUCGACUAUCCAGGUGGGUUUUUUCAAUCAAAAUCCAGACCCAUCUUUUUUUUUUUUGUCAAUUGACUCGCUUUACUCUCGGUCACUGUUGACGUGUCUACACAGGUUCACUUGAGGAUAUUUCCUGCUCAUAUUCUAUAGACUCUACUCUUUUGAAAUUGGGACUUUAUUCUAAUAAUAAAACUACUAAUUCUUGUAAAAUAACCACUUUACUCAUGUCACACAAUGAUCUUAUUUUUGUAAAAUUACAACCCAAUAACCUUUUUCUUGUAAAAUGAUACCUGUAUCCUAGUGACUUAGUCUUUUUUCUCGAGUUCUUGUGACCUGACUUUAUUUAUACACUGGAAUCAUGACUUAAUCCCUGUAAAACAACUUUAGUCUGAAUAUAUAAUGACUUAAUUUAGUAACUUUACAACUUAUUCUCAGAAAAUCAGGACUUGACACGUGUAGUUAAAUAACUACUUUAUGCUAGUAGAAUAAAAAACUUGUUCUUAAAACAAUUUUUUUUUCAGUAACAGUAAGACUUUAUUCUUGUGACAUAACAACUUCUUCUCGUGACAUUCUCUUUGUUCUCAUAUAAUAAUGUCUUAAGUUUAUUUUAUUUUUUUCUUGAUGUGGCUCCGAUAUUUCGUUGUAGUUUCUAGAUCAUUACUCGAUUAAUCAUUUCUGAUAUUUUAGUUAAGUUGCCUUGUUUGAAGUCAGUUAAUGUUUAGUCAGCAGGUUGUUUUGGGAUUUAAACUCCAUCAGGGGGGAAUAGGACCUAAACGUAAAGCCAUCCACCUGACAGAGGCUUCCACGACAUUGUCCCUGACAAAUUUCAGUCAGUUUGAUUUCUUCUGUCUUUCUCUUUUAGACUUUUUACUCAAAUGUCUUGACCGUGCAUCAGCUAAAAGCAGAUAAAUGUACAGGUACAGAUAUAAAAGGAAGCACAAGGAAAGGUUGUUUUAUCAAGAGCAACAAAAACUUAAUCGCAGAAGAAAGGGGAAAUUCUUUGAAUGCCCUCAUGGCUUUCUGUAUUUCAGAUGGUACAGACGGGUUUUGAGACAAAGUGGAAAAAAGACCUGACCGCCAUCAUGGAGGAGCUGACUGAGCAGCAAUAUAUGAAGAUGCUGUAUAAUUUGGACAAAAUCCCAGAAGGACUGAGGACGAACAAGGUCAGAGUGGAAAUGUCUCAAAUAAUCAUCCAGUACUACGGGACAGAGAAAUCCAUCUCUUUAAUCGAGAAAGAAAUGAAGGCACUGCCGAGGUUGGAUAUUGCUGUCCAAGGCAAGCUGCGCCCCCAUGUGGAAAAACUAAAGAAACUAAAUUUGAAAAAAAAGGGUAAGUUCACAUUAUGAUGCUUCUACAAUGGGGUAAAUAGCUAACAUCAUCAUUAUUGCAGGACAACCUUUAAAGUGUCCCUUUAAGUAUCCCAUUGCUGUGUGACUUCAGAGAAAGGGUGAGCAGGUUUCUGUAGCUAGUCCUUCUUUUUGAAGUCAGGAGUUCUUGUUUUUUUUUUUGGUGGCUUUCUCUGCCUCUUAAAGUCUUGUGUGAAACUAUAAUCUCACUGUAGACCUGACAAUAGACCAAGGAGCAUUCAUACAGUCAUUUAAAAAUGACUGAAUGAAUUAAAUAAAAAAUAAGUGAUUGAAAAAAUGAUGCAUUAAUUAUGAACCUUAAUUGCAGCUGACAAAGCCAAGAAAAAGGAACCUGAAACUUACAAAAAACCAGCAGUCAAGAAAGAAAAACCUGCAGCUGUCAAAGUACCAGCAGGAAGGAAGGAAAAACUUGCGGCUGACAAAGUCUCAGGAGUCAAGAAGGAAAAACCUGCAGCUGUCAAAGUCCCAGGAGUCAAGAAAGAGAAACCUGCAGCUAAAAAGGUACCAGCAGCCAAGAGAGAGAAACCUGCAGCUGUCAAAGUCCCAGCAGGAAGGAAGGAAAAACCUGCAGCUGACAAAGUCCCAGCAGCCAAGAAAGAGAAACCUGCAGCUGUCAAAGUCCAAGCAGCCAAGAAGGAAAAACCUGCAGCUGACAAAGUACCAGUCGAGACAGAGAAACCUGCAGCUGAUGAAGUCCCAGGAGUCAAUUAA